AGACAACACAAGGCGCCAUUGCCCGUGUUGAGGGGAGAGAAGACUCCUUUCAGCAACAUUCUUCUUUACCCAUUCUCCCGUUCGGCCCGUUUUAAACUACACUUCUGACUUGUCGUCAGAGUUUGUGUUCGCUAGCAUUUCGGAUCAGUAAUUGUGUUUCCUGCUCUAGUCUGACUCUCGUGCGGAGUUAUAAACUAUUGACGCGGAGGUAAACUGGUCUUCAGCUGGUCCGUGAGGCUUGUGAGCUAGUUUACAUUAGCCAGCAGCUACCAGUAGAUUUACGGCUUAUAUCCGCGGCUGCCCUGCCGGGUAGAUCAACUAAAGCUGGAGGCGCUGGUCAGCCACAAUGGUUUGGUCAGUUCACCAAUGUCUACGUAUUGAUCGCACUUGUAAAUAAUUCACCUGAUUGUUUUGGGGGAAAAUCAACGCAACCUUUGUUUGAUUUAUGCGCAGCCCGUCUGGUUUGGCCUGUUUCAUUGUCUCCGAACGUCGAAAACAGACAGGUGUUUUUUGAGUUGUUUUGAGGGCUCGUGAGGGUAACUCAGUCGCGAUCGUGUAAACAACCCGGGUCAGCUGUUGACUCCACAUAAUCUCGAAAGCUCCCUAGUUCAGUAUGGCGCAACACACUCAUGUAGCCAGUUCACAGAAAGCACUCAUGUUGGAAAUGAAGAGCCUCCAGGAGGAGCCCGUCGAGGGAUUCAAGAUCACACUGGUGGACGAGGCUGACAUGUACAACUGGGAAGUGGCCAUUUUCGGGCCCCCAAACACUCAUUAUGAAGGGGGCUAUUUUAAGGCUCGGAUCAAGUUCCCUAUAGACUACCCUUACUCCCCACCUGCCUUCCGGUUCCUCACCAAGAUGUGGCACCCCAACAUCUAUGAGAAUGGAGACGUGUGCAUCUCUAUUUUGCACCCUCCAGUAGACGACCCGCAGAGCGGAGAGCUGCCUUCAGAGAGGUGGAAUCCCACCCAGAAUGUCCGGACGAUUUUGCUGAGUGUGAUCUCGCUGCUGAAUGAACCCAACACCUUCUCCCCCGCCAACGUGGACGCCUCCGUCAUGUACCGCAAAUGGAGGGACAGCAGGGGCAAGGACCGGGAAUACGUAGAGAUCAUCAGAAAACAGGUGUUGGCCACCAAGGCGGAAGCUGAGCGCGACGGCGUGAAGGUGCCCACCACGCUGGCCGAGUACUGCGUCCGCACGCGGGUCCCGGCCCCCGACGAAGGCUCCGACCUCUUCUAUGACUAUUACUACGACGACGACGACGUGGACGGCGAGGACGGCGACUGCUGCUACGACGAAGACGACUCGGGCAACGAGGAGUCGUGACAUGCUUUUUAAACGGCACCCCAACCGUGGCUGACACAUGCUACCCGUUUUUUUUUUUUUCUCUCUGGGUUGCCAGAAAUUCUUGGGUCGACACCCAAGAAAGAUUUGAAGCUUCCCACUUCUAAACCAAUGAAAAGAGCUGUUGUUGUGUCUCCCGGGUCUCUGAAUUAUUUUCAGAGGCGAAAAUCGAUGCACUGUUGUAGAGGAGUCAGAAAUAGUCAGAUUUGCACCAGCACAAAAGUCACCAGUUUCCUCCGUUAUCAUUUUCAUUAUCACCUAAAACCUUACUGUCAGAGAAUAUUACUUCAUCCUCUUGAGUUGUCCGGCCUCCUGUACAGUACACAGUGUUGUGGGGUUAAUACCACUUUUAACAAUCGCAACAUUUGCACUGGUGCAAACACCUCCAAACUUUACUCAGCAUCUCUCUCUCUCUCUCUCUCUCUCGCAUAUCUUUAUUUCCCUAAUUGUAACCGGGUGUUGCUCACCAGUAGAUUGAGGAACAACCCAUUGAAUCAGACAUUUCCAAGUUUCACAAUCUGCCCGGGCUUCCAUAUGACGGGAUGUCACAGGACGAUGUUUUCAAAGUUCUUGUGCAUGCCGGAACACGAUCGGAAGCUUUUCGUCCCUUUUUACUGAUGGACCGCUGACCUACAUCGGGAUCCGUUUUCAGCUCGCUGAGAAGAAAGACUAGUGUUGACCGGGAUGCCAGAGAACUUUGUGUCUGGAGGACCAGCUGGCAAAGCUGAGUCAGUGGGUCAAACCCUCACGUGAACAGUUUUAGUAACAAGAAACUGAUCUUUUGCUGUGUUUUCUUCUGGUUACUGUUGGAUGUGGUUCUGUGUCAUUUUGAGUGUGGGGUUAUGUUAUUUGAAGUAGCUCAGAUUUAAUAGUUAAUGUAGGGAAGUUAUUCAGUGGGGGGGCAGAACUAAUUACUGAUCAGAAAUGUAUAUCCUCCUUUGCUCUCUGAGAGGCCCGACGGAGCCAAAGACACGAAGCAGUGAAAAAGAAAAGCCCAAACUGUUCUCGUCUUUGGUUGCUCUCUUGCAGGCUUCGUUAUUUUAGUCUCUUUCUUUGGUUUGACAUUAUGCCUGCAAUCUUUUGCUUGCAAUGAUUCAUGUGAUGAGAUUUGGUUUGAUUGGCCUAAAAAAAUGCUUCUAUAGGAAAAAUGUCUGUCAAAAAGUGUUGUUGCCGUAUCGGUCCGAAUUAUCAAAGUUUUUCAGCCCCUGAAGUGAGAGAACAAGGCCGUCAUGUUCUGUUUUCAUUUCUAUUCUUUGUGUCAGCAGAGAGUAGACGGGUUUUGAUAUCAUUUUUAGAGUGCAUGGGGUCUUUUUUUGUGUAUUUUUGCAUAAGCAAUAUUGUUUGUUUGAAUUAACUCAAAUUAGGACUUCAUACUGAAUUUCUCAGGAUAAUGAAUUGCAUAAUGACAAAACAAUUAAUACAAGCAUCUAUUUUACUCUUUUAGGUUGGUCUUCAGAGUUGGUUUACAGCUUCAACAGGAACCAUAACUGAUAUGCACAUGUAGCUGUAUGUAUGAUUGAUGUAUUGUUUUAUUCACCUGUGUUUUAUUUUUUAUUUUCGGCUAUUUAAACUGAAAAAUAAAGAUUUAUUGGGAAAAAAAUGAACAGUCUUGCAGUGCU